AUGGCGUCUCAGGGAAGCAUGAACAAUCUUACAACUCUCAUCAAGCGACUCGAAGCUGCCACGUCCCGCCUUGAAGAUAUUGCUACAUCAGCCGAUGGCUCCAGCGCCUUGACCAACGGCGCAGCCGGUGCCUCGCAGACUGCUGCUGCAGCAGUGCCUCUCCCUGAAGCUCCUUCGGCACCUGCACCACCCCAAGAACCUCUUCCCCGAUCGAUAGAAGAGUUUGACAAAUUGAUUGAAGAUGAUGUGACUGCCUUUGUGACCGCAAGUGGGAAAAUCGGAGGUUUGGUAGAAGAGCAGGCAAAAGCCGUUCGGUCGGCGUUUGAGGCAGAGCGAACGUACUUGCUAGUAACGACAAAGGCAAAGAAGCCAGAUACAGAUCCUCCCGAACUCAUGACUGAACUGCACCGAUGGACGUCCAACGUCGAUGAAAUUCGAAUGGCCAACCGUGCCUCCCCACUGUUCACCCACCUUUCCGCGGUCGCGGAGGGUAUCCUGGCCCUGGCGUGGAUUGUGGAAAAGCGUCCUGCCGAUUUUGUGGGUGAAACGUUAGGUGGUGCUCAAUACUACGGGAACAAGAUACUUAAGGAGUACAAAGACAAGGACAAAUCACACGUUGAAUAUAUCCAGGCAUAUUAUAAGGUCUUCCGCUCCCUGGUCACCUACGUCAAAGAGCACUUCGCAACCGGGUUGACCUGGAACCAAAAGAACGGAAUAGACUGCUUAGAAGCGCUGCAGCAGGUACAGUGCGGCGGGACUGCAACCCCCAAAGCCUCCGCUCAGCAGUCAUCUGGAGGUCCACCACCGCCUCCCCCACCUCCACUGCCCACGUUCGACGACAGCGGCGCACCGGCACCACCGCCGCCUCCCCCCGGAGCUGCUCCGGCAGCCAAAAGCGGUGGUGGCGACAUGGGAGCCGUCUUUGACCAAAUAAAUUCUGGCGCUUCCGUGACUUCCCACCUCAAGAAAGUCGACAAAUCUCAGAUGACACACAAAAAUCCUGCUCUCCGUGCUUCGGCCCCUGUGCCCGAACGCACCUCGUCCCAGUCGUCGUCUACAACGUCGCGAGGCAAGAGCCCACUUCCCAACAAGAAGCCCGAUUCGAUGCGGUCCAAGAAGCCUGGCAAGAAAGAGCUAGAUGGCAGCAAGUGGAUUAUUGAAAACUUCGAUAACACCGGUAAUGAUAUCAUCCAGGUAAAGGCGGAGCUAAACCACAGUAUCCUAAUCAGCAGAUGCAACAAGGCUGUUAUCAAGGUAGACGGCAAGGCCAACGCCAUCUCAAUCGACAACUGCACUGGCCUCUCCAUCGUUGUCGACUCUCUCGUAUCCUCGCUGGAUGUGAUCAAGUCCCCGAAAUUCGCUGUUCAGGUCGAUGGCUUCCUGCCUACGAUCCUGCUCGAUCAAGUGGACGGAGCACAAGUAUAUCUCAGCACAGCAAGCUUAGGCACCGAGAUUUUCAGCAGCAAGUGUAGCAACAUUAACAUUGUUGUGCCCCCCACCGAUGAGGAGGGCGGUGAUGAGGGUGACAGCAAGGAGUUCGCUGUCCCGGAGCAGAUCAGGACUGUUGUAACGAAGAAUGGAAAGGGGCUUCAGAGCGAGAUUGUUGAGCAUGCGGGUUAG